AUGGCCGACGGCGACGGCGACGGCGGCGGCGGAGAGGGCGGCGGGAGCGCCGAGUGGCAGCCCAUCUACGACCGGGUCCAGGCGCAGGCCGAGGCUCUCGCCGCCGACCGCGCGCGCCUGGAGGCGGCCAGCAAGGUCCAGCGCGAGUCGUGGGAGGCGGCGCGGAGGCUUCAGCGGAGCGUGGAGGAGCUGCAAGCGGCGGCGCGGGAGAAGGACGCCGAGAUCGGCUGGUUGCGAGCAGAAGCCGCCGACGCUACCAAGAAGCUGCAGGAAGUGCGCCAGGCGGAUGCGGGCAGGAGGAUGAGGUGGGAGGCGGCCUACGUGGAUCUGAUUCUCGGUGCUAACCAGAAGCUCGCCGAACUCAGAGAUGUCGACAUGGAGGAUUCCAGCAUUUGUGCAGAAACCCCCAACUCGAAGGCAAGACUCAGUCAGAACACUGUGGAUCAGGCAUGCGCUGCAAGUGAUUUAAGCACGGAGCUAAGAAAACUAAAGCGAGCGUACGAGACUCUGAGCUCACAGAAGGACAUGGAGGUUUCUGCAUUAUUCUCAGAAAAGGAACUUGUGCGUAACCAGUUGGUUGUAAUGCAAAAAGCCUAUGAUGCGCUUCUUAGGAACAAGAAUGGGGAGGCAGCACAAACUACUGAAGCAGCUCAGAAGCUUCACCGGAGUGUAGAUGAUCUUAAAGUGUCGGCCCAAAAGAAGGACGAGGAGAUUAGCAGAUUGCGAGCAGAAGCUGUUGCUGCUGAAAAGAAGCUACAGAUAGCUCAAAAGCUUCAGCAGAGUGUGGAUGAUCUUAAGGCGGCGGCCCAAAAGAAGGAUGAUGAGAUUGACAGUUUGCGAGCAGAAGCUGUUGCUGCCGAAAAGAAGCUAUGGGAAAUGCAAUCCUUGGUCAAGGAGAAAGAUGAUGAAAUCCAAACAAUUAAAGAUGGGCAAGGUGAAACUAAUCAGAAGCGCAGGCGUGUCUCUUCGACAGCAAAUGUAAGUAUUACGUUUGCAAUUGUGUGGCUGGGCUCACACAGUGAACCUUUGUUUAUUUAUUUAGUGGCCUGA